AUGGCUCCCCGACCCCGUCACCGCGUAUUAUAUUGGGGAAAAUUGGAGUCGGCUGAAAAGCGCAGAGCCGAUUCCGAGAAACUCGCUCAUUUUCAUGUCACGAAUCUUAUUAAUUUGAGCAUACCGCAGUAUAGAUCGCAGGGCACGCAGACUGAUGCUGGAUGGGAGAUACAUGUCCCCCACAUUCAAGCUGAAGUCAAGCCUGUCGUUAAAAGUAAAGAGAAACCCAAAGAGGCGGAACAGCCCGAGCGUCCGGAAGUCAUUGGCACAUCCGUUAUACGAUUACCGAAAUUCACCAAGGGACUGGGAAGGGUAGUUGAACCAGUGAAGCCUUCGGCGGAGACCAAAGGCAAAGGUAAAGCAGUUGAAUCAUCAAAGCCAUCGGAUGCCAAAGGUAAAGGGAAAGCAGUUGAACCAUCAGAGCCGCUAGAUGCGAGAGGCAAAGGAAAAGCAGUUGAAUUAUCAGAUGCACUGAAUACCAAAGGCAAAGGGAAAGAAGUUGAACCAUCACAGCCAUCAGAGCCAGCAGAUGCGAAAGGCAAAGGAAAGGCAGUUGAACCACUAGAGCCAGCAGAUGACAAAGUUAAAUACAAGGCGGUCCAGAUGACGGUGCUGCCAGAUGAUACAGAAGAAAGCAAAGUGGCUGAACCAUCAAAACCACUAGAUGGCAAAGGCAAAGGGAAGCUACUUGAACCAUUAGAGCCACUAGAUGCCAAAGGCAAAGAGAAAGCAGAUGAACUACCAAAGCCAGUGGAUGCCAAGGGCAAAGGGAAAGCCGACGAACCACCAGAGCCACUGGAUGCCAAAGGCAAAGACAAAGCCGUCCAAACGACGAUGAUACACGAUGUUAAAGGCAAAAGCAAAGUGAUCAAACCAUCAAAAACACCAGAUGCCAAAGGCGAAGUGGAACCAGUUGAGCCACCGAAUGCAAAAGGCAAAGAGAAAGAGGUGCAGACGACAGAGCUGCCGGAUUCUAAGGGCAAAAGAAAAGUAGUCGAACUACCAACUCCGCUAGAUAGCAAAAGCAAGGACAAAGCGGUCCAAACAACAGAGCUGCCAUAUCACAAGUAUACAGACAAAACAGUUCAAACGCUGGAUACAAAAACCGAAGACAAGGCGGUCCAAACGAUGGUGCUGCCAGAUACUGAGAACAAAGACAAACCAGUUCAGACGCCAGAUAACAUAAGCGAGGACAUAUCACCUGAACCACCAGGGUUGCCGGUUAACAAAGAUAAAGGCAAAGCUGUUGAACCACUAGGGCCUCCUGAUGAAAAUGGGAAAGGCAAAUCUGCUGAAUCGCUAGGGUCGCCUGAUGACAAAGGGGAAAGCUUAGCUGUUGAAUCACUAGGCUCGCCCGAUGAAAAAGGGGAAGACAAAACGUCUGAACCAUCAGAAUUGCCAGUUGACAAGGGAAAAGGUAAAGCAGUCGAACAACCUGAGCCACUAGAUGGAAAGGGCAAGGACGAAGCAGUUGAACAACCAGAGUCCCCAGAUAGAAAGGGCAAGGGCAAAGCCAAGAACGAGGAACAUGUAUCGGAACAAGAUGAGAUUAAGGAGGCGAUAAAGUUGCUCAAUGAUGAGCACAAGGCUACUGUCUCAGCACUGAGACUCUCUUACCAGGAAGCGUUGGAUAAGGGAGCUACCGAUUCUAGCACGUCACAUUGGGAGGAACUUAAGGCAAUCGCUCAUAACUACCACAAGGCGGGAGCAAAUAUGCAGAAGGCGCUUAAUGCUGCAGCCAAAAAAACACAGUCUCUAGAUGGUAAAGGAAAAGGAAAAGCUGUUGAGGGACAGGAGUUACAACAAGCCGCAGAGGCAUACAUGCCACCAUUCUGGGAACUCACUGUCCCUACACCAUGUGAGCCGCUCGAGAGAUAUCGCUGCCUAUGGAACGCGGGACUCAGGCGCUACACCAAAUUCUACGAAACCAUAUUUAAGGAGGAAAAGACGACGGCAGUAGGGCUACCGGGAAUGACGCACUUUAUUGAGCUGUUCGAGGGGUUUGUCAAAACUGGCAUUUUACAGAGGAUGAUCCAUGCUUCUAUGAACAUAAUGACCCAGCUGAUGGACCCAAAACAGAAGGGCAAGUUUCCCAUAAAGAAUCUUUGGGACGUGGGAAACCGAGUGGAACAGAACAUCAACUACUGGUUCAAAAUAAACGUAAUAUUCCACACACGAAUGGUUUGGUAUCAGAGGUUUUAUGGCUUGUUAUCAGUCCAUGGCGAAACCACUCUACCAAUUCCACUUUCAAUGAUUGCGCCAUCGAGGGCUUUGCCAAAUUAACAGAUAGACAAUCUCAGUUGGCCAUUGGACACUGAAGCUGAGCGAAUAGGUUGCUUGCAGGGAGAGUGGCUGUCAAAAGGGG